AUGUCCUACCGCCGCAAGAAGUCCCUCCUCAUCGGCAUCAACUAUGUCGGCAGCAGCCACGAACUACGCGGCUGCCACUCAGACGUAGACAACAUGGCAGAAUUCCUCUCCUACCGCGGCUACACCAACUCACACAAAGACCGAGUCAUCCUAACCGACCGACCAGAAGUACCCUACGACUCACCCUACUACCCUACCGGCCACAACCUACUCGCAGCCAUGGACUGGCUCGUCUCAGAACCGGGUUGCACCUUAUUCCUCCACUACUCCGGACAUGGCGGCCAGAUUGCAGAUGUAGACGGAAACAGGACGACGGGAAUGGAUGCGUCGAUUGUUCCCGUGGAUUUCGAACAGCGCGGCCAGAUUUCCAGUACCAUCUUACAUGAACAUCUCGUUACGUAUAUGGCGCGGGAUUGCACGUUGUUUGUCAUAAUGGACUGUUGUCAUUCCGGUAGCGCGCUCGAGCUACCGUAUGUCUACCGCUCCGAUAGCGAUGGCCAGAUCAGUUUGAUGGAUAACUUGAAAGCUGGGCUUACGCUUGCUAAUGAGGCGCGCGAUAUCAUCUCUGGUGGUUUCUCGUAUAGCAAAGUUGGGGAGGCGAGGGAGUUACUUGCGGGUGCGAGUACGUUUUUCAAGGGACUAAAGCAUUUUGGGGAAGAAGAGGAGGAGGGGUUGGAAAGUGGAGAGUUUGCGGGGCAGUAUGGGAGUGAACAGAAGAUGGUGACGAUGUUCAGUGGGUGUAGGGAUGAUCAGACGAGUGCGGAUGCGCGGAUUGAAGGGGAGCCGACAGGAGCUAUGACGUGGGCGUUUUUGGAGAUGAUGAAGCAGGAUCAGACCCCAACUUAUGCUGAGACACUCAAGUUCAUCAGGAAGACCCUGGACGAGAGCAACUACAAGCAGAUCCCACAGCUGAGUUCAGGAUUGGAUAUUGAUUUGGAUGACAUGCAUCUGGUACUAUGA